CUGCGUGACUUUGUUUAUUUGCGGCAGGUGCGAACGCCGGGUUUGCUCAGCUGAUGACGAUGCAGUAGUAAAACUUCAGGAACUCACGGGAAAAAUGACGUCUUCCACUCAACCUAAUAUGCAAGAUGAGAUGUUAUUGGUGGAGCGAGUAUUUCUUCGGAUUGGCUCAGCAGCAACUGAUGAUGUCCUCGAGGAAGAAUUGCGAAAGUUCCUGGCACCUGUUAUCCAGAAACUGGCAUCCCCACAUGAACCUGUUCGGAAAAAGGUUAUGGAAUUGUUAAUCCAUGUGAAUCGACGGGUCAAAGAUCAUGAGUCUAUCCAGCUGCCUGUUGAGGCUCUGCUUGCCCAGUACCAAGAUCCAAGUGCUACAGCAUUUGUUACGAACUUCUCAAUCAUCUACAUCAAAAUGGGAUAUCCACGGUUGGAUCUGAAUAAGCAGGUGGAACUUUUGCCUCUGAUGCUUAACAGUUUGGAGGGGAAACCUCAGCAACAUCAAGACAGCCUUUUACUUCUGAUGGUACCAGUAUUUGGUCACAUGAAAAUCCCUGAUUCAGCCGAAAAGACAGCUUCAUUACUUGGCUUGCGAGAACGACCAGGAAUAACGAAGCUGCUUUUGGAUUUCAUGUUGGACGUUCUGCUUCUGCCAUAUGGAGUUACUCCAUUAUCACAACAAAGACCAUCUGACACUCCACAAGAUAACUCAGAAGGCCCCCCUGUGCCAGGAGUACCAGCUGGUAUGAGUAUCAAUAGUUUUAAACGUGUUAUGGGAGAGACGCCUCCAAAGGCUGAAGAUCUGGAGAAGCUGAAGGUCUCUAUUAUAAAGUUCUUAAGUUCAGAUGUAUUACUUCCAUCAUCUGUUGUUCUUCAGCUGAUUGUUGGUGCUGCAGAUACUAGAUUUUCAGUGGCAAAUGCUGCUGAUCUGCAACUGAGAAGAAUAGAAAGCAGUGUUGAGUGGAACAGCAGUGCAGUCAUUGCACCUCUCUAUGUAUUGUUUCUUGGUACCUUAAUGCCAAAGGAUCGCACACCGGCAGACAAAUUUAAGAACCCAGCAAAUACCAGAAUUCGUUUAAAACUUAUGCCAUACUUUUUAAAAUCAAAGGAGGCUUGCAACUAUGCUCCUCUUGCUUUGAAAGUAUUUUUUGAAUGUCUUUGGGGCCAGAAUUCAAAUGUAAAGCUUAAGCAACAAGGAGUAAGCUUCUUGCAUCACAUGGCAUUCAAUGCUGACCAAGAAAAGUUGGCUCCAGUGGGAAGUGUCUUGUUUGGCGGAGUUGUCAAGGUCAUUGAAGAAGAAAAGUCUGACCCUAAGCUGAGAUCAUUAGCAUAUGGAGCCUUGGCGAAACUUUCAGUAAAGCUUCCCAGUCUCCUUCUAUCUCACCCAUCACAACUGCAUUAUCUGCAGACUCUGAUGAAUGCACUUACCCAAGAGGAAGGGGAUGUAUUAUUAGCAGUUCAGGAGGCUCUUUCUAUGGUAGCUCCUGUAUGCAAACAGCUGAAUACAUCAAGUCAGGAUCAGCUGUGUAUCCUGCUGUCAGAACAUGUCCUGCACCACAAUGCACAGUUGAGACGCACAGCAGUUCACUAUGCAGCUUCGGUGUUCCCCCACGAUCACGUUCCAUCAAGAUUCAUUCUUAUGGUGGCCACAGGAGAUAGCCAUGAUGAUAUACGGUUAGAAGCCCGCCGACAGCUGUACAAACCAUUGCAGCAGUCUAAGGAUGGGACUCCUACAUAUCAAGUUCCACCUUUUACUUACGUUAUCAGCUAUGUACUGGAGCGUGUCGAUGCUCUGCCAAGGAGCAAGUGGAUGGAUGUAGCAAAUCAGCCAGUUCCAUUUUCUUUACCAAUCAUGGAGCAGAUGUUGAACUACCUAGAACACUGCUUAGCUGUUGAAGCUGGUACUGAGACUGGUCGUGGAGAAGGCCUGUUCUGGCCAGAUCCUCCAGCUGUAGGGAAACUUUUGCAGAAGAUAAUUGAUUUACAUAAUCAGAAAAUUGCAACUGGUCGCAUUGAAAAAGGACCUAAUCCCUUCAUGAGAUAUAUUGGUUUUGCGGAGCUUGCAGCCAAUGCUUGGUCACCAGCAGCCUUGGAAUCUAUUCUGAAAGUUGUUGCUGUUGCACCACAUCAUUUCUCGUCGCACUACUCUCGCAAAUUAGACUGGAUCAGGAAAUUUAUCUUGCGUGGAGGACACUAUGGUGAAGUUGCGGCCCAUUUGUUUGGUGUUGUUGCAGGACAAGUUCAAGAUCAGCAGGAAUUUGAGAAGAUUGUUUACCCAGUAUCUAAUAUGAAAAAUUUGCGUGUUGAUAGCCAGGAGAGCUGUGUUUUAGCUGUGGGACAUAGCUAUGCAAACAACUUAAACAUCAUGAAGAAAGCAGAUAUUGUGUUGGAGGACUGGCCUGCAUAUGAGUCGAUUGUCCAUGACUUGGUGAAGCAGCUGUUAAGUGAAAACAACCCACUGCAAAAUGCAAUUGUAUUGGCACUUGGGGAAUUGGCAAGGCAGGGUCCCUUACCCCUUCCGGCUGGCUCAGAAGAGGAUGAACCUAAAACAGUAACAUCUCUUGCCUUGAUCAAAGCACUUGUUACAAUCUUUGGGAACAAGAAGAUACCCUCAAAGAUAAGGGAACAGUCAGUUGCCACUUGUGGUUACAUUUGUGUUGGUCAAGAGAAUUUUCCCCAUAAGAAGAAAAUUCUGGAAGCCCUUCUGGCACUUGCCAAAGAGACAAAUGAAAUUGAAAUUCAUUUUGCUGUGGGCGAGGCACUCGCUGACUGUGCCCUAGGAGUUACAUCACCAUCUGGAAGGAAUAUGUGGACAGAGCAGGAUCCUCUGAAGGAGCAGAAAGCAGUAGAGUCAGAAGAAGAAAACAUGGAAGAGGGUAGUAGAGAUGAGAAAGAGAAAGACACAGAUGAGGCCAUGGAGAAAGAUUACGUGAAAAUGGCAGAGAAACCAGUAGAGGAGGCAGAAGCCAUGGACACUACAGAAUCCAGUGAUGCCACAGUAGAUAUGUCACCAGAUCAAGAUUCAGACAAUGAUACACUUACUUGGCUCCUUGGUGAACUUCUUGACAAAUAUGUAUCACAAACACAGCCCAGUGUCAGACAGGCAUCCUGUAUUUGGCUACUUGCCCUGCUCAAGAAAUGUAGAACUAAACCCAUCAUUCAGAAAAGGCUGAUUAGGAUUCAGUCUGCCUUCAUGAAUCUUCUUGGAGAUAACAAUGAUUUGGUGCAAGAUGCAGCCUCUAAAGGUUUAGGUGUUGUAUAUGAGUGUUGUUCUGAAGCCACAAGACAAUCAAUGGUGCAGGGUCUUGUACAGACUCUGACUGAAGGGAAACGCACCAUCCAAAAUGUGACUCACGAUACAAAGAUAUUCCAGGAUGGAGAACUGGGACGUGCUCCUUCAGGUGGACAGCUGUCAACCUACCGAGAACUUUGCUCCUUAGCAACGGAUUUGAACCAGCCAGACCUUAUUUAUAAGUUCAUGAACCUUGCCAACCACAACUCAGUUUGGAAUUCAAAGAAGGGGGCAGCUUUUGGUUUUAGCACCCUGGCAUCCCAGGCUGGAACACAACUGGAACCCUACCUGCCACAGAUUAUUCCAAAGCUCUAUAGAUAUCAACAUGAUCCUACACCAAAGAUACAGCAACCUAUGGCAGCCAUUUGGAAUGCUCUGGUUACUGAUACUGCAAAGACAAUCGAGAAAUAUUUUGACCCCAUCCUCUGUGAUUUGAUCAACAAUCUGACACACAGUACAUGGAGAGUCAGAGAAUCGUCUUGUCACGCACUCUCCGACCUAUUUCGAAGGCAGUCAGCUGUCAAUGCCCUCCACCGAAUCAAUGAAAUAUGGACCACUUUGUUUCGCGUUCGUGAUGACAUAAAGGAAUCUGUCAGAGCGGCUGCUGAGAAAACUUUGCAGAUAUUGAGUAAAAGCUGCAUAAAGGUGUGUGAGGGCACUGGUGAAGAGAGCCAGAAAAUGCUUAAGGAAGUUCUUCCCACUCUCUUGACUUCUGGCAUUACAAGUUCUGUUGCAGAAGUUAGGAGUGUCAGCUUGCAAACGGUUUCCAAACUGUGUCGAUCAGGUGGUUCUUUAGUAAAGCCACACCUUGGUACCCUUGUCCCUGCAUUGUUGGAGGCUUUGUCUGGAUUAGAAUCUCAGGCUCUAAGUUACACAUCAGUGAGACUGAAUGAUGAAGACAGAGAGAAGCUAGAUAUGGCUAGAGUAUCUGCAGCCCGAAGUACUCCCAUGAUGGAUACUUUGAAUUAUGUACUGCAAUUUGUUGAUGAGGAGUCCAUGGAAAAAUUAGUGAGUGGUUUGAUAGAUGUCCUGAAGAGCUCUGUUGGUCUUGCCAGCCGUGCAGGAGCGGCACAUGUUGUAGAGACUCUUACUCACACUUGUCCUCGUCCAUUGGAGAAAUAUACAGGAAAACUUUUGGCUGCUCUAGUAAAUGGCCUUAGUGAUAGAAAUGCUGUAGUCAGAAAGGUAUAUGCUAAUGCUAUUGGUAACCUUGUGAAGACUGCUAAAGCAUCAAGUGUAGAAAAGCUUCUCACCAAACUCCAGACCUGGUAUUUGGAGAAAGAGGAAGAUAGUGUUAGAAUGAGUGGUGCCCUUACAAUGCGCAGCAUGCAUGCCCAGAAUAAUGACAUCAUGAAGCAGCAUGCAUGUCAGGCUAUGCCUCUCGCAUUCUUUGCCAUGCAUGCAGAGAAAACACUAGAAGGUGAUUCUAAUGGUGCUGAGAUUUGGGAGGAAAUUUGGUCCGACAAUACUCCAGGCACAGAGUCAGGAGUGAGGCUAUAUCUAACAGAAAUCAUUGCAAUAUGUGAACAAGCUUUACAAAGUUCUACUUGGGCUAUGAAAGCUCAGGCUGGCAGAGCCCUCUCAACUGUCUCAGAAAAACUUGGAUCAAGCUUAAACGAUGCUUUAGUCCUCUCUUUAGUUACACUUCUUGUCAACAGCUUGCAAGGUAGAACAUGGAAUGGAAAAGAAUCUCUUGUGACAGCUCUCUCAAAUGUUUCUGUACAUACCAAGUCUCACCUAAAUACCUUGAAGCAUCCAGAUAGAGAUGAACUUUUGGUGGAAGAAGUGGUGAAAGUGCUGACAAGAGAAGCAAGUAAAGAGAGGAUGGAAUACAAAAUCCAUGCUAUUAAAGCCCUUACCACUGUUCUGGAUACUUACCAAAUUGAUAGAUUUGAAGAAGUUUUUGACAUCUGCCUGCCAUACUUGAGACAAAAGGAUAAAGAAGACCACGAGGAUGGUGAAGAGGAAGAAAGGAACAAAAAGGAAGAGUCGCUGCAUUGGGACCUCAUAGAUGAAAUGGUGCAUUCCUUAGGUAGAGCCUGGCCAGCAGAGAAAGAGACGCAAGAAAAAUACAGUGAACGUGUUGUGGAGAUGCUAAAUAACAGUGUCUCACGAGUUCCUCGUAAAACACAACUAAGCAUUGUGGGGGCCCUAAAGCACUUCUGGGGAACGCAUUUCCUCCUCAGUGAAUUGCCUUCGUCGCUUGGGUCUCCUCUCUUUGACCCUCUUCUUCAUCAUUCGUGCAGGAUAUUUAACUACUGCUUAGGUGUGGCCAAGUUUUACAGUCUGCGGAGAGAAUCCCUCGUUGUGCUGAAUGACUUCCUGGUAAAAGUGAAAGUGAGUGAAACCCUUGUCGUGAAGCUUCGUUUGGAGCUUUUGUCCGGAGUGGAAGAAGCACGUCGAGAUGCCCAGCCAGAUGUGCAAGCUUUAGCUGCUUCAGCACACAAGAUACUGCUUAUGGAGAACACAGGCAGCAAAUAAUGAUGUAGAAAAAACUGGUUCUGUAGUGCGAGGACAGAAGAAACUGUCUGCUUUUCCAAUAACUUAUUUAUGUGUGUAUUGGACAUGUAAAUACAUGUGUGUGAGGUUUUCAUACAACAGCACCUAGUAAGUUUUUAAUUAACAUUGAAUUUGGUAUGUGUGUUGUCAGAGAACUUUUGUAACACUUGUAUGAAGAGAAUCAGUCAUGUUGUAAAUAGGUUAAAAGAAAAAUUAUAAAUCAUCUAAAUCAUGCUACAUACUAGUGUAUAACCUAAGCUUAUCAAAAGUGCUAUGUAAUUGAAUAUUUUGUCAACAUAAAAUAUGGAAAUUUAAUUCCGACCAGUGACAUAUUUUGUCAUCGUAGUCUUAAAGUUAAGAUAAUCAUUACCGGUAAUUAUGAUAUGUCAUUAGGAUGGAAGUAUAAUUAAGUUAAUAAAGGAAAGUAAUGUUA